ACUGAUUUGGUAUAUAUAAACUGAAUUUUGCUCGUCCGUUAGCACAAGCCAUUUGGAUCCAUUAUUGUUAACUUGGUGCAUAUCAAAGUUAAUAAGUUGAAAUUAAAGGAAGACACUCUCAACAGGACUAACGAUGAAGAAUCUUUCUAUGCUACUUGUUUUUUUUAGUUUAGCUUCACGAAGUGUUGCCGAUUCACCAGAUCCAGUCUACAAUUAUGGACCUCAGAGCUAUACCAAAGAUUCACCAGAUCCAGUCUACAAUCAUGGACUUGAGAGCUACACCAAAGAUGAUUGUGACUACUUGGGUCAAAUCUACAAGGUGGGCGUGGUUUUCUCGGCGGGAGACGGAUGUAAUGAGUGUCAGUGCGGAGCGGACGGAACGGUGGAGUGCACCAAGGAUCCUUGCUACCCAGGAUGUAGACAUUUAGGAAUGACAUAUACUGCUGGGGAUAUAUUUCCCAUGGGAGAUGACUGUAACACGUGUAAAUGUCUGAGAACGGGAAAAGUUCAGUGCUCCGAGAAAAAAUGUCAUCCAGACUGCUAUUAUGGAGGCGCUAGAUACACCACCGGUAACGUGUAUCCUAAGGGAGACGGCUGUAACAGGUGCACGUGCAUGGUGACCGGGGACUCCUUAUGUACCUCGGACACUUGUGAGCCAACUUGUGAAUUCAAUGGAAAAGUCUACAGCACAGGCCAAAAGUUCAGAAAAGGGGACGGUUGUAAUGAAUGUGUGUGUAUGCCAGGCGGAGUAACCCAGUGUACGAACAAACCUUGCUAUCCAGACUGUGUGUAUGAGGGACAAUAUUACACAAGAGGAGAUAUUUUCGACAAGGGAGACAACUGCAACAGUUGUAAAUGUAUGGCUGAUGGCACAGUUCAGUGCUCCGAAAAACAAUGCUUCCCAGAUUGUCGUUAUAAGGGAAUUGUAUACAAAGGCGGUCAAAGCUUUAAACCAGACCAGUGUAAUACGUGUUGGUGCACAGUUACCGGGGACAUCAGCUGCACAAAGUUUUCGUGCUACCCAGAUUGUGGCUACCAAGGCAAAAUUUUCAAGUCUGGAGAGAGUUUCCCCAAGGGAGAUAAAUGCAACACAUGUAUUUGUUCUAUCACUGGUGAAGUAAGAUGUACCGAAAUGUCAUGUGUUGACAACUAUAAAACUAAGAAAACACAAUCCUACAUUACUAAGAGACGACCUACCUUAUCAUAUGACACACCCGAUCCUGUUUGCAAGUACGGACUACAAAGCUAUGGUAGAGGACAAGCCUUCGUUGAUAUAGUUGGCAGAAAAUGCAUGUGUUCACAGGACUAUAAAGUAGUCUGCGAUACCAAAGAUUAUUGUGAUUAUUUGGGUCAAAUCUACAAGGUGGGCGUGGUUUUCUCGGCGGGAGACGGAUGUAAUGAGUGUCAGUGCGGAGUGGACGGAACGGUGGAGUGCACCAAGGAUCCAUGCUACCCAGGAUGUAGACAUUUAGGAGUGACCUAUACUGCCGGGGAUAUAUUUCCCAUGGGAGAUGACUGUAACACGUGUAAAUGUCUGAGAACUGGAAAAAUUCAAUGUUCCGAGAAGAAAUGUCAUCCAGACUGUGUAUACGGAGGCGCUAGCUACACCACAGGUGCCGUGUAUCCCAAAGGAGAUGGUUGUAACAGGUGCACGUGCAUGGUAACAGGGGAGUCAGUCUGCACCUUGGACUCUUGUGAGCCAACUUGUGAAUUUAAUGGAAAAGUAUACAAAUCUGGCGAAAAGUUCAGAAAAGGGGACGGUUGUAAUGAAUGCGUGUGUAUGCCAGGUGGAAUAGCCCAAUGUACAAACAAACCUUGCUAUCCAGACUGUGUUUAUAAAGGACAAUAUUAUACUAGAGGAGAUAUUUUCGACAAGGGAGAUUACUGCAACACAUGUAAAUGUAUGGCUGAUGGGACAAUCCAGUGCUCCGAAAAACAAUGCUUCCCAGAUUGUCGUUAUAAGGGAAUUGUAUACAAAGCCGGUCAAAGCUUUAAACCAGACCAGUGUAAUACAUGUUGGUGCACAGUUUCCGGUGACGUCAGCUGUACAAAAUUCUCAUGUUACCCAGAUUGUGGCUACCAAGGCAAAACUUACAAGUCCGGAGAGAGCUUCCCCAAGGGAGAUAAAUGCAACACCUGUAUUUGUUCUAUUACUGGUGAAGUAAGAUGUACCGAAAUGUCAUGUGUUGACAACUAUAUAACUAAGGAGCCACAGUCCUACAUUACUAAGAAACAACCCACAAUUUCGUACGACAAACCCGUAACUGUAUCAUGUGACUACAAAGGCAAAGGAUACACUUCUGGUAACGUGGUCCCAGCCGGUGACGGAUGUAACACGUGCUCUUGUCAGCCGGACGGGACAAUGAAUUGUACCAAUUUUCCUUGUCUAAGAGGUAAACACCAAGACGACAUUUCAGUGUGAGAAAGCAUGUUUUAC